AUGAACUUGAUUCCAACCGCCACGAUUGAAAUGGUUGCAGGACUGACUUCACAGCACAACGAGCUGAUCUGCAGCACAUGGGGCAACUACCAUUACAAGACCUUCGAUGGCGAUUACUUCCAGCUUCCGUCGACCUGCAACUACAUCCUGACGUCACACUGUUCCAGCACUUACGAAGACUUCAAUGUCCAGCUGAGACACGAGCUGCUGAACAACGAGCCCACCAUCAGCAAGAUCACCAUGAAGCUGCAGGGCACCAUAAUCGAGCUGACCCGAGACUCGCUCAGUGUCAGUGGACAGACGGUAACACUGCCAUACAGCAGCCCUGAAGUCUUCAUCGAGAGGGUGACGUCUUAUAUCUCAGUCAAGGCGGCUUUGGGACUAGUAGCCAUGUGGAAUGAAGAUGACUCCUUCAUGAUUAGGUUAGAUGAAAAAUACCAGAACCAAACAUGUGGACUGUGUGGCGACUUCAAUAGCAUCCCAGUUUACAAUGAAUUCGUCAGCGGAGGGAGUUCACUGUCUGUCUCUGAUUAUGGCAAUCUCUGGAAGUUAGACGGCCCAACAGAAACCUGCACUGAAGACAAGAUGUUUCUGAACGAAAAUUGUGGAGACGAGAAUUUCUGCCGUGAUAUUUUCUCCAGUCCAGUGUUCAGUGACUGCAGAGGUCUGGUGUCCAUUGACUCCUUUGUCCAAGUUUGCAUUCAAGACUUGUGUCACUGCAACAGUUCUUCUGGAGCGUUCUGCCUGUGUGAUACGAUCGCUGAGUAUUCCAGACAGUGUGUGCAUGCAGGAGGAAAGCCUGAAGAAUGGAGAACAGAGUAUUUCUGCCCUCAUCCUUGCCCAGAAACUAUGGUGUACAGCCAGUGUGGAAAUCCCUGCACAGACACCUGCACCAACUCUGAAAGAGGACAAGUGUGUGCGCAGCACUGCAUUGAUGGAUGCUUCUGUCCUCCUGGCACUGUUUAUGAUGAUAUCCAUCAGACCGGCUGUAUACCAUACAGUGAAUGCUCCUGCAUCCUCGGCGGGAAAAUAUACGCCUCUGGGGAAAAUUACACCAGCAACUGCAGAGACUGCACCUGUGAGCAGGGGCAGUGGGAUUGUUACAUAAAGGAUUGUCCACAUUCAUGUUCAGUGGAGGGCGGAUCCCACAUUACCACGUUUGAUGGAAAAGCAUACACAUUUCACGGAGACUGCACUUACACCCUGUCCAAACAUUGCACCGGCACAGAAUUCACAGUUCUAGGAGACCUGGUGAAAUGUGGUCUGAGUGAAACCGAAACCUGCUUGAAGGCAAUAACCGUGGCGCUGUUUGAUAAUGUUACUGUGAUUAAAGUGGACUCCAGUGGAAACCUUGAGGUCAACAGAAUAAUUGCUCAGCUUCCACUUUUUACAUCUUCAGUGAGUGUUUUCAAGCCCUCCUCAUUCUACAUCAUCAUUGAAGCUCAUCUGAUUGGGCUUCGUCUGGAGAUCCAGCUGGUGCCAAUAAUGCAGCUUUACAUCACAGCCAAUUCAGUGUAUCAAGGAGAAACAUGUGGUCUUUGUGGCAAUUACAACAACAUGGAGGCUGAUGACUUCACAACCAUCGGUGGACUCCGGGAAGGAACAGCUCUGGAUUUUGCCAACACCUGGAAAGCAAGAGCAAGUUGCCCAGAUGUUAAGAGAAGCUUUGAGAACCCGUGCAGCCUGAGCACAGAAAACGAGCAAUAUGCACAGCACUGGUGUUCCCUGCUGUCUGAUCCCUCAUCAGUUUUUGCUCCCUGUCACACUGAAAUCAACCCUGAAGUCUAUAAAGCAAACUGCAUCUAUGACAGCUGUAACUGUGAGAGGAGCGAGGACUGCAUGUGUGCCGCUUUAUCAUCAUACGCACACGCUUGUGCCGCCAGAGGGAUCCUGCUUGAGGGAUGGAGAGACGCUGCAUGCAUGAAAUACACAGAAUCCUGCGCUGCCACCACAGUUUACUCGUAUCAGAUGACUAGCUGCGGGCGCACAUGCAGAUCUCUCAGCCAGGCUGACGGUUCCUGCACCCAUGAUCAUGUGCUGGUGGACGGCUGCGGCUGUGCUGAAGGAAAGUACAUGAAUGAGAACGAAGACUGUGUUGAAGCUGCCGCCUGCUCCUGUUACCAUUCAGGCAAAGUCAUUGCUUUAGGAGACAUCAUCUCCAAAGAUGGAGGAUCAUGCAUUUGUAAGCAAGGGAAACUGAGCUGCUCUGGUGUAUCAAAUGGAGAAGAGUGCAAAGAGCCAAUGGGGUUUUUCAACUGCUCGAGAACCAGUCCUGGAUCCACAGGAGCAGAGUGUCAGAAGAGCUGCAACACACUUGACAUGGCCUGCAUCAGCACAGGGUGUGUUUCUGGCUGUGUGUGUCCUUCUGGACUGGUGUCUGAUGGGAAAGGUGGCUGUAUUGUUGAAGACCAGUGUCCCUGCAUCCAUAAUGGAGACACCUACCAGCCUGGAGAAAGCAUUAAGAUUGACUGUAAUACAUGUUCCUGCAAGAACAGACGAUGGACUUGUACCACAAACCAGUGCAGUGCCACAUGCAGCAUCUACGGAGAUGGACAUUAUAGGACAUUUGAUGACAAAAGAUACGUCUUUAGUGGAAACUGUGAAUACAGUCUCGUUCAGGACUUCUGCAACAGCACCUCCGGCACUUUCAGAGUCAUCACUGAAAACAUUCCCUGCGGAUCCACCGGCACCACUUGCUCCAAGGCUAUCAAGCUUUUCCUUGGAAGCAAUGAGCUGAGACUGACUGAUGGAUCCUUCCAAGUUGUUCGCAGAGAUGCAGGAGAGGAGAUUCCCUACCAGAUGCGAACCAUGGGGCUGUACUUGGUGAUCGAGGCCAAUAAUGGACUGAUGCUCAUAUGGGACAGAAAAACAACUAUACACAUCAAACUGGGACCAGAGUAUAAUGGCCGUGUGUGUGGUUUGUGUGGAAACUAUGAUGGGAACGCGAACAAUGACUUCACCACACGCACCCAAGCAAUUGCUGUCCAAGCCCUUGAUUUUGCAAACAGCUGGAAGCUCUCCAGCUGUCCAGAUGCAACCCUCAUCCAAGAUCCAUGUGCCCAUAAUCCAUACAGAGAGGCCUGGGCACAGAGACAGUGCAGCAUCAUUACUAGCAGCGUCUUCACAGCCUGCCAUUCACAGGUCGACCCAUCUCCAUUUUAUGAUGCCUGUGUGAGAGACGCAUGCGCCUGUGAUAGUGGUGGAGAUUAUGAGUGCUUUUGCACUGCUGUAACAGCAUAUGCACAAGCUUGCAAUGAGGCCGGAGCCUGUGUUGCCUGGAGAACUCCGAAAAUUUGCCCAUUGUUCUGUGAUUAUUACAACCCCCCCGGUGAAUGCGAGUGGCAUUAUAAACCGUGUGGAGCUCCUUGUAUGAAGACAUGCAGAAAUCCAGAUGAACAGUGUUCAAACCAGAUUCCAGCACUUGAAGGUUGCUAUCCCCAAUGCCCUCCCGAGCAGCCUGUUUUUGAUGAGGAUCACAUGAAGUGUGUGAAGCAGGAAGAUUGUGGCUGUUUUGUUGACAUGUCACAUUUUGAGGUUGGAGAGCAAGUGCCAACUACAGAGAACUGUCAGUCAUGUAAUUGUUCAUCAACUGGAGUUAUUUGUGACUUUGAUGUAAAUGCAUGCAAAUGCCAAUACAAUAAUGACACAUACAAUUAUGGAGACAUAAUUUAUCACACAACUGAUGGACUUGGAGGCUGUAUCACAGGCAUAUGUUCAGUCAAUGACACUAUCGACAGAACUUUGAUUCCUUGCGAAACGACCUCAGUCCCAACGACCACAUCCAGCCUGAUCACAACACCAACCCCGACAACAGUUUUUGUCUUCAGCUCUCCAGCAACUGAAACAACUGGAAUAGUAACAACAACUGAGACUGUUACUGAGAACGAACUGAGCACUUCUGAGACAACAUUGUCCACCACCAGGCCACCAAAGGUGGUAACAACUGGCCAAACAAUCCAGCCUACAACUACAGCCACAACUACUGUGGAGGAGCUUACCGGAACAUCACCUGAAUCUUCAACACCAUCAAGCACAUCCGUCCCUGUGAGACAAACCUCACCAGCCAUAACAUCCACUCAACCAACAACACUAACAAAGACAACUGCUGUACCUGUCACUACACUUGUGUCCACAACGGUGAGUGUUGAAUCAUCCACUGAAUUUGAGGUCAGCACUCAGAGUCCAUCUUCAACAACAAAACCAAUCAAAGCUGAAACAACACUUUCAACCACCACAGCAGAGACCCCGUCCACCACUGUCCUUGUAGAGGGAAGUAGUACUGUCCAACCACCCACAGAAACAUCAGCUCCAAGCAUUUUGUCCACAACAUCCAAAUCAUCUACAGCAACUGAAACAACUGGAAUAGUAACAACAACUGAGACUGUUACUGAGAACGAACUGAGCACUUCUGAGACAACAUUGUCCACCACCAGGCCACCAAAGGUGGUGACAACUGGCCAAACAAUCCAGCCUACAACUACAGCCACAACUACUGUGGAGGAGCUUACGGGAACAUCACCUGAAUCUUCAACACCAUCAAGCACAUCCGUCCCUGUGAGACAAACCUCACCAGCCAUAACAUCCACUCAACCAACAACACUAACAAAGACAACUGCUGUACCUGUCACUACACUUGUGUCCACAACGGUGAGUGUUGAAUCAUCCACUGAAUUUGAGGUCAGCACUCAGAGUCCAUCUUCAACAACAAAACCAAUCAAAGCAGAAACAACACUUUCAACCACCACAGCAGAGACCCCGUCCACCACUGUCCUUGUAGAGGGAAGCAGUACUGUCCAACCACCCACAGAAACAUCAGCUCCAAGCAUUUUGUCCACAACAUCCAAAUCAUCUACAGCAACUGAAACAACUGGAAUAGUAACAACAACUGAGACUGUUACUGAGAACGAACUGAGCACUUCUGAGACAACAUUGUCCACCACCAGGCCACCAAAGGUGGUAACAACUGGCCAAACAAUCCAGCCUACAACUACAGCCACAACUACUGUGGAGGAGCUUACUGGAACAUCACCUGAAUCUUCAACACCAUCAAGCACAUCCGUCCCUGUGAGACAAACCUCACCAGCCAUAAUAUCCACUCAACCAACAACACUAACAAAGACAACUGCUGUACCAGUCACUACACUUGUGUCCACAACAGUGAGUGUUGAAUCAUCCACUGAAUUUGAAGUCAGCACUCAGAGUCCAUCUUCAACAACAAAACCAAUCAAAGCUGAAACAACACUUUCAACCACCACAGCAGAGACCCCGUCCACCACUGUCCUUGUAGAGGGAAGCAGUACUGUCCAACCACCCACAGAAACAUCAGCUCCAAGCAUUUUGUCCACAACAUCCAAAUCAUCUACAGCAACUGAAACAACUGGAAUAGUAACAACAACUGAGACUGUUACCGAGAACGAACUGAGCACUUCUGAGACAACAUUGUCCACCACCAGGCCACCAAAGGUGGUAACAACUGGCCAAACAAUCCAGCCUACAACUACAGCCACAACUACUGUGGAGGAGCUUACGGGAACAUCACCUGAAUCUUCAACACCAUCAAGCACAUCCGUCCCUGUGAGACAAACCUCACCAGCCAUAACAUCCACUCAACCAACAACACUAACAAAGACAACUGCUGUACCUGUCACUACACUUGUGUCCACAACGGUGAGUGUUGAAUCAUCCACUGAAUUUGAGGUCAGCACUCAGAGUCCAUCUUCAACAACAAAACCAAUCAAAGCAGAAACAACACUUUCAACCACCACAGCAGAGACCCCGUCCACCACUGUCCUUGUAGAGGGAAGCAGUACUGUCCAACCACCCACAGAAACAUCAGCUCCAAGCAUUUUGUCCACAACAUCCAAAUCAUCUACAGCAACUGAAACAACUGGAAUAGUAACAACAACUGAGACUGUUACUGAGAACGAACUGAGCACUUCUGAGACAACAUUGUCCACCACCAGGCCACCAAAGGUGGUAACAACUGGCCAAACAAUCCAGCCUACAACUACAGCCACAACUACUGUGGAGGAGCUUACUGGAACAUCACCUGAAUCUUUAACACCAUCAAGCACAUCCGUCCCUGUGAGACAAACCUCACCAGCCAUAAUAUCCACUCAACCAACAACACUAACAAAGACAACUGCUGUACCAGUCACUACACUUGUGUCCACAACAGUGAGUGUUGAAUCAUCCACUGAAUUUGAAGUCAGCACUCAGAGUCCAUCUUCAACAACAAAACCAAUCAAAGCUGAAACAACACUUUCAACCACCACAGCAGAGACCCCGUCCACCACUGUCCUUGUAGAGGGAAGCAGUACUGUCCAACCACCCACAGAAACAUCAGCUCCAAGCAUUUUGUCCACAACAUCCAAAUCAUCUACAGCAACUGAAACAACUGGAAUAGUAACAACAACUGAGACUGUUACUGAGAACGAACUGAGCACUUCUGAGACAACAUUGUCCACCACCAGGCCACCAAAGGUGGUAACAACUGGCCAAACAAUCCAGCCUACAACUACAGCCACAACUACUGUGGAGGAGCUUACUGGAACAUCAGCUGAAUCUUCAACACCGUCAAGCACAUCCGUCCCCGUGAGACAAACAUCACCAGCCAUAACAUCCACUCAACCAAUAACAGUAACAAAGACAACUGCUGUACCAGUCACUACACUUGUGUCCACAACAGUGAGUGUUGAAUCGUCCACUGAAUUUGAGGUCAGCACUCAGAGUCCAUCUUCAACAACAAAACCAAUCAAAGCUGAAACAACACUUUCAACCACCACAGCAGAGACCCCGUCCACCACUGUCCUUGUAGAGGGAAGUAGUACUGUCCAACCACCCACAGAAACAUCAGCUCCAAGCAUUUUGUCCACAACAUCCAAAUCAUCUACAGCAACUGAAACAACUGGAAUAGUAACAACAACUGAGACUGUUACUGAGAACGAACUGAGCACUUCUGAGACAACAUUGUCCACCACCAGGCCACCAAAGGUGGUAACAACUGGCCAAACAAUCCAGCCUACAACUACAGCCACAACUACUGUGGAGGAGCUUACCGGAACAUCACCUGAAUCUUCAACACCAUCAAGCACAUCCGUCCCUGUGAGACAAACCUCACCAGCCAUAACAUCCACUCAACCAACAACACUAACAAAGACAACUGCUGUACCUGUCACUACACUUGUGUCCACAACGGUGAGUGUUGAAUCAUCCACUGAAUUUGAGGUCAGCACUCAGAGUCCAUCUUCAACAACAAAACCAAUCAAAGCUGAAACAACACUUUCAACCACCACAGCAGAGACCCCGUCCACCACUGUCCUUGUAGAGGGAAGUAGUACUGUCCAACCACCCACAGAAACAUCAGCUCCAAGCAUUUUGUCCACAACAUCCAAAUCAUCUACAGCAACUGAAACAACUGGAAUAGUAACAACAACUGAGACUGUUACUGAGAACGAACUGAGCACUUCUGAGACAACAUUGUCCACCACCAGGCCACCAAAGGUGGUGACAACUGGCCAAACAAUCCAGCCUACAACUACAGCCACAACUACUGUGGAGGAGCUUACGGGAACAUCACCUGAAUCUUCAACACCAUCAAGCACAUCCGUCCCUGUGAGACAAACCUCACCAGCCAUAACAUCCACUCAACCAACAACACUAACAAAGACAACUGCUGUACCUGUCACUACACUUGUGUCCACAACGGUGAGUGUUGAAUCAUCCACUGAAUUUGAGGUCAGCACUCAGAGUCCAUCUUCAACAACAAAACCAAUCAAAGCAGAAACAACACUUUCAACCACCACAGCAGAGACCCCGUCCACCACUGUCCUUGUAGAGGGAAGCAGUACUGUCCAACCACCCACAGAAACAUCAGCUCCAAGCAUUUUGUCCACAACAUCCAAAUCAUCUACAGCAACUGAAACAACUGGAAUAGUAACAACAACUGAGACUGUUACCGAGAACGAACUGAGCACUUCUGAGACAACAUUGUCCACCACCAGGCCACCAAAGGUGGUAACAACUGGCCAAACAAUCCAGCCUACAACUACAGCCACAACUACUGUGGAGGAGCUUACUGGAACAUCAGCUGAAUCUUCAACACCGUCAAGCACAUCCGUCCCCGUGAGACAAACAUCACCAGCCAUAACAUCCACUCAACCAAUAACAGUAACAAAGACAACUGCUGUACCAGUCACUACACUUGUGUCCACAACAGUGAGUGUUGAAUCGUCCACUGAAUUUGAGGUCAGCACUCAGAGUCCAUCUUCAACAACAAAACCAAUCAAAGCUGAAACAACACUUUCAACCACCACAGCAGAGACCCCGUCCACCACUGUCCUUGUAGAGGGAAGUAGUACUGUCCAACCACCCACAGAAACAUCAGCUCCAAGCAUUUUGUCCACAACAUCCAAAUCAUCUACAGCAACUGAAACAACUGGAAUAGUAACAACAACUGAGACUGUUACUGAGAACGAACUGAGCACUUCUGAGACAACAUUGUCCACCACCAGGCCACCAAAGGUGGUAACAACUGGCCAAACAAUCCAGCCUACAACUACAGCCACAACUACUGUGGAGGAGCUUACCGGAACAUCACCUGAAUCUUCAACACCAUCAAGCACAUCCGUCCCUGUGAGACAAACCUCACCAGCCAUAACAUCCACUCAACCAACAACACUAACAAAGACAACUGCUGUACCUGUCACUACACUUGUGUCCACAACGGUGAGUGUUGAAUCAUCCACUGAAUUUGAGGUCAGCACUCAGAGUCCAUCUUCAACAACAAAACCAAUCAAAGCUGAAACAACACUUUCAACCACCACAGCAGAGACCCCGUCCACCACUGUCCUUGUAGAGGGAAGCAGUACUGUCCAACCACCCACAGAAACAUCAGCUCCAAGCAUUUUGUCCACAACAUCCAAAUCAUCUACAGCAACUGAAACAACUGGAAUAGUAACAACAACUGAGACUGUUACUGAGAACGAACUGAGCACUUCUGAGACAACAUUGUCCACCACCAGGCCACCAAAGGUGGUGACAACUGGCCAAACAAUCCAGCCUACAACUACAGCCACAACUACUGUGGAGGAGCUUACGGGAACAUCAUCUGAAUCUUCAACACCAUCAAGCACAUCCGUCCCUGUGAGACAAACCUCACCAGCCUUAACAUCCACUCAACCAACAACACUCACAAAGACAACUGCUGUACCUGUCACUACACUUGUGUCCACAACAGUGAGUGUUGAAUCAUCCACUGAAUUUGAGGUCAGCACUCAGAGUCCAUCUUCAACAACAAAACCAAUCAAAGCUGAAACAACACUUUCAACAACCACAGCAGAGACCCCGUCCACCACUGUCCUUGUAGAGGGAAGUAGUACUGUCCAACCACCCACAGAAACAUCAGCUCCAAGCAUUUUGUCCACAACAUCCAAAUCAUCUACAGCAACUGAAACAACUGGAAUAGUAACAACAACUGAGACUGUUACUGAGAACGAACUGAGCACUUCUGAGACAACAUUGUCCACCACCAGGCCACCAAAGGUGGUAACAACUGGCCAAACAAUCCAGCCUACAACUACAGCCACAACUACUGUGGAGGAGCUUACCGGAACAUCAGCUGAAUCUUCAACACCGUCAAGCACAUCCGUCCCCGUGAGACAAACAUCACCAGCCAUAACAUCCACUCAACCAAUAACAGUAACAAAGACAACUGCUGUACCAGUCACUACACUUGUGUCCACAACAGUGAGUGUUGAAUCAUCCACUGAAUUUGAGGUCAGCACUCAGAGUCCAUCUUCAACAACAAAACCAAUCAAAGCUGAAACAACACUUUCAACCACCACAGCAGAGACCCCGUCCACCACUGUCCUUGUAGAGGGAAGCAGUACUGUCCAACCACCCACAGAAACAUCAGCUCCAAGCAUUUUGUCCACAACAUCCAAAUCAUCUACAGCAACUGAAACAACUGGAAUAGUAACAACAACUGAGACUGUUACUGAGAACGAACUGAGCACUUCUGAGACAACAUUGUCCACCACCAGGCCACCAAAGGUGGUGACAACUGGCCAAACAAUCCAGCCGACAACUACAGCCACAACUACUGUGGAGGAGCUUACGGGAACAUCACCUGAAUCUUCAACACCAUCAAGCACAUCCGUCCCUGUGAGACAAACCUCACCAGCCAUAACAUCCACUCAACCAACAACACUAACAAAGACAACUGCUGUACCAGUCACUACACUUGUGUCCACAACAGUGAGUGUUGAAUCAUCCACUGAAUUUGAGGUCAGCACUCAGAGUCCAUCUUCAACAACAAAACCAAUCAAAGCUGAAACAACACUUUCAACCACCACAGCAGAGACCCCGUCCACCACUGUCCUUGUAGAGGGAAGUAGUACUGUCCAACCACCCACAGAAACAUCAGCUCCAAGCAUUUUGUCCACAACAUCCAAAUCAUCUACAGGAACUGAAACAACUGGAAUAGUAACAACAAGUGAGACUGUUACUGAGAACGAACUGAGCACUUCUGAGACAACAUUGUCCACCACCAGGCCACCAAAGGUGGUAACAACUGGCCAAACAAUCCAGCCUACAACUACAGCCACAACUACUGUGGAGGAGCUUACCGGAACAUCACCUGAAUCUUCAACACCAUCAAGCACAUCCGUUCUCGUGAGAGAAACAUCACCAGCCAUAACAUCCACUCAACCAACAACACUAACAAAAACAACUGCUGUACCAGUCACUACACUUGUGUCCACAACAGUGAGUGUUGAAUCAUCCACUGAAUUUGAGGUCAGCACUCAGAGUCCAUCUUCAACAACAAAACCAAUCAAAGCUGAAACAACACUUUCAACCACCACAGCAUCCAUCCCAUCCACUACUUUCAAUGUUGUGGAGGGAAGUACUACUGUGCAGCCAUCAGCUCCAAGCAUUUUGUCCACAACAUCCAAAUCAUCUACAGCAACUGAAACAACUGGAAUAAUAACAACAACUGAGACUGUUACUGAGAACGAACUGAGCACUUCUGAGACAACGUUGUCCACCACCAGGCCACCAAAGGUGGUAACAACUGGACAAACAAGCCAACCGACAACUACAGCCACAACCACUUUAGAAGAAGGAACAACGUUAGAAACAACCAAAUCAACAGUUUCACCAGUUGUUACUACAAACGUUUUCUACUCAUCUUCAUCCAUGGAUACCUCAAUUGCUCCCAUUACAAAAACACUACCAUUUUUCACUCUCACCAUUCCAGUGACUACAGACUCUCUUUUCUCAACUACCUCAGAGUUUUGUUGCUUUGUGAAUGGGACAAAUUUCCAGUCAGGUGAUAUCAUUUAUAAUGUUACCGAUGGCUUUGGUUGGUGCUUCACUGCAUACUGUGAUGAAAGUUGUAAUAUCGUGAAGAUUUCAACAUCUUGUGUAACCACUCCUUCACCAUCUACUCCUCCUGAAACAACCACAUAUUCUAGUUCAUCAACAGCAGGCACAAACGAACCAAAGACGAUAAUCUCUACAACUAGUGCAAUCACUGAAGAAACUACACCCUCUCGGCCAAGGUGUGAUGCCAUUGAUCCACCUAGACAGCCCAAUGAGACUUGGUGGAGUGAAUGUCAAAUGUGUGAGUGUGACAGCAAAACACUGACAGUCAUUUGCCGGCCUGUAAACUGUCCUGAUUUACCACCUAUUACCUGCGAUAAACCUGGAGAAAUCCUUAUUACAGUAGUAGCAAUUGACUGCUGUGAGAUCCAUAAUUGCACUUGCAAUCCGAGUCUGUGUCCUACUCCACCACAGCAAUGUCAACCUGGAUUCACACUUACCCCAGUCAUAACUGCAGAUGCCUGCUGUCCAGAGUAUAUUUGCUCACCCAUGGAAGUCUGUGUCCAAAAUAACACAGUAUAUCAGCCUGGCUCGAAUAUACCAAGUGACGAUCCCUGUACGCAGUGUCUGUGUGGACAGGAGACUGAUCCUGAAACUAACCUUCUUGCUCCAGAGUGUCAUUCGUUGGCCUGCAUGAUGUACUGUCCUGAGGAGACUCACGAGUACCGGAAACUUCCCGGUCAGUGCUGUGGAGAGUGUGUCAGCACCGAAUGUGUUGUCGUGCAUGACAACAUUACAGUUAACAUUCCGGUUAACCAAACAUGGCAGCCAGAUGACAAAUGCCUGACAUUCAGGUGUGAACGAAACAAUGGGGUUUCAAUGCCAGUCGAAAUAAAGACAGUGUGUCCUGCUUUUAAUCCUGCAGAUUGCAUCCCAGGAACAGAGACGUUAGAUGCUGACGGCUGCUGCCCUACCUGUACACUGGAAAACAAAUGUAACGUCCAGAAAAACAGCACCUUCUUGGUCAGCAAAGGCUGUAUAAGCAGCACACCUGUGGAAAUAACCUCUUGCUCAGGCUUGUGUGGAACCUCAUCAAUAUACUCAGCAGAAGCAAACGCUCUUGUCCACUCAUGCUCUUGCUGUCAAGAAACAACCACCAGCACAAAGGAAGUGACUCUGAACUGCCCAGAUGGGUCAAACAUCAACUUCUCCUACAUUUACAUCGAGUCUUGUGGCUGCAAGGCAUCUGACUGCCCUGAUCAGUCCGCUAACAGGAGACUACGCCGGAGGAGGAAGUGAACUUUAAACCCUGUACUCUAGAAAUGUAUCUUAUAGUAUAAACCUGUACAUUUUGAAAUGUUUGAGAUAAUAAUCUUUAUGGUGUCGUGAGAAUGACAGCUCUUUUGUUUCUUGUCUAGUAGCUCUUAA